UCCUGGCUGAGAGAAGUGUUUUGGGAUUUUUACAGGCUUAAGUUCCUUCAAACGUCCACAUUCACACCCAUACGCACACACUCAACGCUCCCUUGGUUCUGUUCUUUUGCUCAGCAUGAGUUAUCCAUUGGUAAUUCUGCUCUGUGUGGGACUACUGCACCAGACUGCGAGGGCCGCCAUUAUGGAUAAAUUAGCAGACAACAAGAUUUGUGGGGAUGCAGAAUGCUCACAUGUCCUCUCCAUGGCCACAGCCUUGGAUGAUUUCAUUGCUCCUGACUGCAGAUUCAUCAACAUCAAGAAGGGUCAGAUGGUUUAUGUGUACUCUAAACUCAUACCAGAGGAGGGCGCUGGAGUCUUCUGGUCUGGAAGUGUUUACAGUGAGCGGUAUGUGCACCAGAUGGGCAUCAUCGGAUACUUCCCUGCAACUGUGGUGAAGGAGACAUACAAGUUUAGAGAAGACACGGUUCAGAUUCCCACAACUGGCAUGGACUUCUACUGUGAUUAAGACACAGCAGACUGAAGCCUCUUCCCUCCCAAGUUUUGCUUUUAGAAACUCUGGCUUUUAUAAAGGAGAGUAGACAGUUCCUCUCUUGAGUCGGUGUGCCAGACUAUGAGCCAUUACAUCCUGGGGUGUUGUCUCCAACGGGAACAAAAACUUGGGGCUUUCAGCCCCUCAUAGCCCAUAGUCUGACACCCCUGCUGUUGAGUCAGCUAGUUCUAUCUGUCUUGCUUUGUCUGAACAGGACAUUCUGCUCAAUAAACCUUUUUUUCACGUCAAACCAAAAUGUCCAUUAUUUGCAAAG